AUGGUUUAUUUAGCACGCAGUAAUAUUCGGGAUUUCCGCGAGAUAAACGAGUGUGGCGGGUGCCGGCGGCUGUGGUGGCCUGGAGCGGAGCCGGUGUGUCACCGCCUGCCCCCGCCUUGGUCCCUGCAGAGGCUGAAGGCGGCGGUUCACUACACGGUCGGGUGCCUGUGCCAGGAGGUGGAGGAGGACAAGGACAUACGGUUCAGCAAACAGAGCAUCGCGGCCAUCUCGGAGAUCACCUUCCGACAGUGCGAAACCUUUGCAAGAGACCUCGAAAUGUUUGCAAGGCAUGCAAAACGAAGCACAAUCAAUACAGAAGAUGUGAAGCUUUUGGCUAGAAGGAGCAGUUCUUUGCUAAAAUAUAUCACCCAGAAGAGUGAUGAGCUUGCAUCAAGUAACUUGGAGCAAAAGGAGAAGAAGAAAAAGAAGUCCAGUGCAGCCAAGGGAGAGAGAACUCCUGGGGAAAAAGAAGCAGCUGUGACUGAAAAUGAAGAUUCCAACAUGUCAUGAUUUACCUUUCAAGCAAUGUCUCAGGUCAGCUUCUCUUAGUAUCCUAGAGAAACCAGAAUUAGCCUCUGUAAGAUUCCUCUUGCAGGUUAACACCAGUAAGGAAUCUUUAGGUUUUUAGGUGAACACAAGGAGUUGGAUUUUUAUUGUUCCAAAAAUGCAAGGUCGGUGAGAAUUCAGUAAA